AUGUCGUCGGAGGGUCGUCCCAACCCCAUCACCAAAGCCGCCGAGUCUUCGAACCUGCCGCGAGAGGCCCGCGCUCGUCUGGGUUUGAACACCGAUCCCGUUCCCGAGGGAAAGAUCAUCGAUGCCGCCCCGGAGCACUACCAUAAGAUCACGCCCGAGGUCCGCGAUGGGGAGAAGAGCCAGGAGGGUGACGAGGAGGAGGAUGGUCCUGACGCCGUGGCCCGUGCCGGCUUCCAAAAGGAGAUGAACAAGAUGCAGGCAGAGCAGGUCAAGAACCAGGGCAAGAACCAGGCAGGGUCCCCCGGACACCAGGUAUACCACAAUGCAGGCCAGAUGCGGAUGGACUCCAGGGGCGGCGCCCAGAACUUCCAGGGCAGCAAGCAAAUGGACUCCGUGUACAAGUCUCAGUGA